GAUUAUCAUGUCAACAAAUGUCAACGAGACAUUCAAAUGUUAACUUUUAUUAAUGUUUAUUGUUUAUUAUUUAAAAUUAUAGACAUUUCUCUAAAUCUGUAUUAAUAAUACAAGAUCAAAUCAAUUACAGUCUUUUAAUAUUAAUAUAAAAACAUCAGUGGCUUACAUCUAACAUGUAUGAUUUUAGUAAAUUAUGUCGAGCGUGUCUCACAACUAUGGACUCUUUUAAAUAUACGUUGUUUGAUAAUGUAUCAGCAGACGAUUAUUCGUUUUGCACAUCUAUACAAAUAGAUAAAAAUGAAGAACUGCCAAAAACACUAUGCAACAAUUGCUGUGAAUUACUAUCAAAAUUUUCGGAAUUUAAAAGGACCUGUAUAAAAUCCCAAAAAAUAUUAAUAACGUUUAGAUCUGUUAAAAAAGAAAUUGUUAAUAAAGUAGAAGUAAUUGAGCCUCAGGAGACCCUUGAAAGCAAUGAUGAAAUAGACGAUUGGCCAUUUGACAAUGAACCUUUAAAAAUAAAUUUCACCACUGACAAUGUAUGUAGCGAAGAUAUAGUAAUGAAGCACAAGGAAUUAGUGAAUAAUUGUGAAAAUGAUCUUGAUACUGCAGCAUUAGCUGGUGCUGGUAAUACGGACCAAGAUCAUGAGAGACUAAAAAUUAAGCUUUCGAAAAGGAGGAAAAAAUAUACAUGCAAGUUUUGUAACAAAGAGUUUUUAAAAUUUGACGAGCUUAGAAUUCAUAAAUCAAUACACCAAAAGAAAAUUAUGAUAAUCAAAUGUAAGCAUUGCAACAAAACAUUUGUAACAUGGAGUGGAUUACGACGACACCAUGCUAACUGGCACUCAAGAGUCAGUCUCAGCAAUGUAACUUGCCACACUUGCGGGAAAAUAACUACCAGCAGGGAGUCAUUACUUGCACAUAAGAAGUUACAUAAGAAAAGAAAACUGUUCAUUUGUAAUGUAUGCGGAAAGAGCUAUACGUCCAGCAAUAAUUUAUAUAGUCACUUAGAAACCCACAAAGAAAAUAGAGAGCGUCAGUACACAUGUGAACAUUGCGGCAAAAAGUUCUUUACAAAGAAAUGCAUACUGUCUCACUUGUCUCGAUGUCAUACUGGACGAAAAUACAUUUGCCAAAUAUGCAGUUACCCUUUCACCGAUAAAUACAACUUAUCAAAGCAUUUGCAAACGCAUGAAGGAAAGAAAUACUUUAAAUGUAAAAUAUGCGAUAAAUCUUUUUCGACACGUCAAAUUUCCAUCGAACAUCAAAGAAUACAUUCUGGAGAACGUCCGUUUACCUGCAGUUAUUGUCCAAAGAGUUUUAUAUCAAAAAAGCGUUUGUCGGAACAUCAUCGCACUCAUACAGGAGAAAAGCCACACAAAUGCACAAUUUGUGAUCACAGCUUCACACAAAGGGGAACACUCACACGACAUAUGAAAAUUCAUAACCAACCUUUAAUUAAUUGUAAUAAAAUGAAAUAAAUAUAUAUUUCGUAGUUUACAUAUUUAUUAGCAUUAAGCAUAAAUUUCGUUUUGUGUGAUAUUAUACAAUGAAUAAAAUACUUUACAGAA